UAGUUGUACAGUUCUCCCUUAUUUGAUAUCAGAGAGCCCCAUGGAGCCUUCUGAAGAACCCAGUCAGAUUAGCAAAGAUAAUUUUUUAGAAGUUCCUAAUUUAUCUGAUUCUCUUUCUGAAGAUGAAGAAGUUAAAGCUACCUUCAGACCGGGUUUCUCCCCUCAACCUAGCAGACGAGGUUCGGAUUCGUCUGAAGACAUUUACCUGGACAAUCCACCUUCAGGUGCAAGAAGAGUUUCAUUUGCUGACACCUUUGGAUUCAAUCUUGUGUCUGUUAAAGAAUUUGAUUGCUGGGAAUUACCGAGUGGUUCAACUGAUUUUGACUUAAGGAAGGACAUUUUCCACACAGAAGAAUAUGUUUUAUCUCCACUAUUUGACUUGCCUUCUUCAAAAGAAGAUCUUAUGCAACAACUUCAAGUACAGAAAGCGAUACUGGAGUCAACAGAGUAUCUUCCUGGGUCUACAAGUAUGAAGGGAAUUAUUCGAGUUUUGAAUAUUUCUUUUGAGAAGUUAGUAUAUGUGAGAAUGUCCUUAGAUGACUGGCAGACAUAUUAUGACAUAUUAGCAGAAUAUGUCCCAAAUUCAUGUGAUGGUGAAACUGACCAGUUCUCCUUUAAGAUUUUAUUGGUUCCUCCUUAUCAGAAAGAUGGCACUAAAGUUGAGUUUUGUAUACGUUACGAAACUUCUGCUGGUACUUUUUGGUCAAAUAAUAAUGGCACAAAUUAUGUAUUGGUUUGUCAAAAGAAAGAACAAGAGCUGGAGCCUGUAAAACCACCGGAAGAAGUUCCUAAUAGACAAAUAAAAGGCUGCUUAAAGGUAAAAUCAAGGAAACCAAAAGCCUUCAACUGGGAGAGCCACCUUGGCACUAAUGAGCUUCUCCUGACUACUCCAUCUUUUCUAGUGGAAGCCUCCAGAGGAAUAAGGUGUAAAGAAGAUUCAUCAGUAACGUCAGAUGAGAAUAAUUCUGAGAAUUCAAAGAUUACAGAUACCUAUAUCCCAACAAUUGUUUGCUCUCAUGAGGCCAAGGAAGACUUGGAAACCAGUGAUCAAAAUAUAAAAGAUGUAAACAAGGAACAUGAUGAACAUAAUGAAAAAGAAUUAGAGUUGAUGAUAAAUCAACGCUUAAUAAGAAGUACUGCUUCUGGAGAUGAAAAGAAUACAGUCAAUUUUCCAAAUAAAGCUGAGGGGUUAGAAAAGAAGCAAAUUCAUGAUGAAGUAUACACUGACUUGUUUAAAAGACACUUGUCUUCAAGUUCAUCAGCAGAGAGAUCCUUAAAGGGAGAUUUUCACAGACAUGAGUGUAGUCAUCAGCCUUCAGAGGAAAUUACUUCAGAUAUGGGAGAAAUCAAGCCAUCAUUUGGAAAUACUAGUAGUGAUGAAUUAGUGCAAUUACAUAUUGGAGGCAAAGAAGUACUGGAUGAUAAUGCUAAUCCAGCCCAAGGGAAAGGCAGAGCGCAAAUAUCUUGUCCGUCUGCAGAUCAAUUAAUGGCAGACAAUCUUAACAAAAAACUUGAAGGAGAAGCUAAAAAAAUUGAAACAAAAGAUUGGGAAUGUUUAAGAAGAGAUUUCCAUUCAGAAGAAUCAACAGAAAAAGGAUCUUCCAAGAAAGACUAUGGCAAUGGUAAGAAUAAGGAGGAGCAAAGAACACAUUUAGGUCUUAAUGAAAAACAAAACAAACAUUUUCAACCAAUCUUACACGACCAAGAAAGGAAGAUGAGCCACUCUGAAAGUCUGGAAGGGGUGGGAGCUAGUACCAGAAACCUAACUGCUCUGCCGAGUAAAGACACCGCAAUUCAUGACCAGGCAAUCAGAGUAGAUACAGUCCUUCCACCAAGGACAAAUAUAAACUGGGAAGAAGCUGUGUUAACAACCCCAGACCGUGAUCGUUCGACUAGUGGAAGCACUACUUUAGGAUGGAUGUCUGGUCAAGUUUGUUCACCAAGAACAAGAAGUGGAAAUGUUUCGAGGAAUGAGCAUCUCUUCCAAAUUGAAGAAGAAAAAUCAGAUUGGAUCGAUUCUGAAGAUCAGAAUAAGAACACACAGCAUAAACAAAGUUGGAAUGCUCCGGAAAGUCAAAGGAAAGGAAGAGAGAGUAAGACACAUAUAACAGAGGAGACCAAAGAGCAAGCAGAUUGUGAAGACACAUGGGAAAAAAGAGACAGUACAGGAAGUUUGAAAGCUGCUCCUACAGAAGAAUUGUUUACCUUCCAGGAAGCAGCGAGCUGUGAACUGUCUUCUCUAGCUGAUCAUGGUAUUACUGAGAAAGCAGAAGCAGGUGCAGCUUAUAUAAUUAAGACACCAUCAGAAAGUACUCUAGAAAGCAUGUCUGCUAGAGAAAAAGCAGUAAUUGCCAAGCUACCUCAAGAGACAGCACGAAGUGACAGGCCCAUCGAGGUAAAAGAAACAGCAUUUGAUCCACAUGAAGGGAGAAACAAUGAUUCACAUGAUACCCUUUGUCAACGAGAUUCAGCAGCUGUAAUCCAUGACAACGACUUUGAAAAGGAAUCACAUUUAGGUAUUUGUAAUGUACAUGCAGAUGAAACAGAGAAGGAAGAAACCACAUCAUACAAUCCCGGGAAGACACGUGACAAGAAGAAAUGUGGCGUUGCAAAUCCAUCUGUGGAAGAAUCCUCACAGGUCAUUACAGACAAUCAAAAGGCAGCCUCCAAACUAGAUUUACAUUUGGGAAUGUUACCAACAAGCAAGAAAAUAUUUCUAGAAAAUAGAGAUCACGGGCAGGUCCAAGAAUUAUCAAAGAAAACGAACAAAGAUGCCGUUCUUCAUUCUGCUUUAAACUCAGACACUGAUAGGGCUUCUCAGAAUGACUCUCACGUUUCCAGUCACCACGCUCAAACCUCAGUGCCAUCUCAUGAACAGGCAACUGCUGUAGAGAAUGCAGUUGCUGCUGCCAUGCCUCUCCAAUCUAUUUCUCCUAAAUCAGAAUAUAAUUGUAACCCAACAAGUGCAAUCCAGGGUAUGGAGAAGCACCCUCAUCCUGCAUCUCCAUCUGAAGAAGAUUCCAAAAGUUCAGGAAUAGAGACAUCAGGUAGCAGGAGGGAGAGAUGUACAGGCCAGAUUUUCCAGCAGGGAGAAUGUGGUGCGGAGACAUCUCUAGGGCCAACUAUUUUAAUCAGCGAAGCUUUUGAGAACGUAGAAGAGGCAAGGCAUGAGGAUGGAGGAUUAAUAAACUCUGGGCAAUCACUGUUCUCUCCAGGUGACAAGGCAUCUGAGAGCUCUGCCUCUGAUAGUCUGCCUGCCGAGGAAAGUCAAGCUCAAAGCAGUGAAUCUCUGCUUUCGAAAUACAUCAACUCUAAAGUGCCUUAUUUCCUUUUGUUUCUGAUAUUUCUUGUGACCAUCUAUCAGUAUGACUUAAUGAUCGGCUUGGCAUUCUACCUUUUUUCCUUGUACUGGCUAUCCUGGGACGGGGGAAGACAAAAAGAGUCUGUCAAAAAGAAGUAACCUCGGCACUACUGUCCUUCUCUCUUAAAAGAUGAGCUAUUGGGCCCCAAACAUUUGGAUUGGUGAAAGAGACUAUUCAUUGUUCAAAGAGCCAGUGCAGUUUUCCUCUUGAAGGAUCAUUUAAAAAGGAAUGCGUAUGAAGUUUGCUCCUUCAUAUAAGUAAUUAUUCUAUAUAGGACCAUUAUGUUUGGAUCAUUAAAUACCUAUAUGAAUAUGAGAUCUGAAGCACGUCAAGUUGAAAUUAGGUACAGCUGUUGCUCCUUAGCAGGCUAUGAAGUUUCAAUGCUUCAUGUCUCUUCACUACUUAAAGUGCCAUUUCUUGCAUUCAUUUCUUUUGCAGUAAAGUUUCAUUUUUUUUUCCCUGAGAGUAUUUUUCCCUCUACGGUUUUUAAAAUAUCGAUAAAACAUGGACAAUGGCAGAGGACUUUUUUGGUCUUUUAAUACUGACCAUGAAAUUUGCAUUUACCAUGUAUCUUUUAUCAGCACGUUUUGAUAAAUCAAAUCUGUCAACUUUGAUUUCAUAUUUUUUAAGAACAACACACAUGUAUAUUGAAAUGCAUAAAUUUAAGCGGAAGAAACACAUUGUUUGCCUGAAUAGUACUUUAUACACAUACACGUUUUACCUCCUGCAUAUAUACAAAGUCAGGGCAUUUCAUCAGACAAAUCUGACAAAGAUUGAAACAAUCAAGACACGAUCGUUCGGUUCCACAAAAUUUUAAGAAUGGCCUAUCUUUAAGCAAUGUUUUUCUUUUUCAAAGGGAGACUGUAUAACACAGCUGGACAAUUUCAACGUCAACUAUUAUUCAGAGCUGGAAAUUUAAAGUUCCACAAGCAGUGCUUCAGAAUGAAUUUGUACCUAUAAAGCCUAAAGCAUUAAAUGAAAACAAUAAUUAAAAAAAAAAAAAAUUUUCCAAACAAACUAUUCUACCUGGUAGUAUUUUUUUUGUCUUCCAACACAUUUUUAAUCUUUUCUCAUGAUGAAACUAUGAAUUAUUCCUCAAGGUGCAUUCAGAGAACAAACAGCUAAAUCACUGGUGAUAUUUACUAUACAAUUAUCAGGUUGUUAUAUGAUAACUCAAAUUUUUAAGUAGACAAAUAGGUAGGUAUGGAAAUCUACUGAGGGAGAAAUGAGUAUCCAGUGUAGCAGUGACUUUGCUGUUUGCUGCUGUUAUUAUCUGGCUGAGUCUGUGAGAUAAUGGAACUAAUCUUGAGUCACAUAGGGGUAAUGCAAAGAUUCUUACACGGUGGAAUUUAACAACUUUUACUGAAUGACUAAUUUAUGCAAAACCUUGUCCUCCGUUCUGCGACAGAGCACUGGCUUUGAUAUGCUGAAUGGCUAGUCCUCUGGGAGGAGGCAUCAGUUUGUAGUUUGAUGCUUUUGACUUGGCCAGGAAUAUGGAAGAGUGUCACAUGGAGGGAGCCCACUUAGGUGAUUUCUUUUUUUAUAGGAACUUCUUGCAUAGAGAAUGCAACAUUGAUCUUCAGAGAGAAAAAGUAACCUGUUUAUUAACCUGUAAAGGUAAUUGUAAUGAGUAACACUUGCAUACAUCAUCCCACACUUCUAAAAACAUGCAUUUACAGGAAGACAAAAUGAGAAUGAAGCAAUAAACUGACUUUCAUGUACCAGUAAAUGAUUUCCUUAAUUUUCAUUGGGUACACAACUAUUUCCAAAUCCCCCAGUAGCAUGCUUGUCUCAAGUCCCAUUGAAAUUGAGUGCUUGACUUCAACUUUUUAGCUGAACAAAUAGAAAUAUCAUGAAGUAGAACUUAGGGCAAAUAUUUGAUUGAGAAAGCAUAUUUUCAAUAAAUUCAAGUGGAAUAUUGUAGGCUGUACCUAGAAUAUUAUCUCUAAAAUUGCUGUCUUGAUAAUUCUGUUGACAGAUCUAGAUUACAAUGAAUUUAAGGUUAGCAUUUUUUUAGUUCCUAAUGGCUUGGUUUUUGCACUCUACCUUUAAGAGUUUCAGUCAAUAUGCCAUAUCUUAUUAAUGGAAAGAACACGAUAUUACUUUAUGAACACAGGUGCCCUAACUGUGAUUAUUCCCUUAUACGUAAAAGAAUGUAACUUCCUUUAUCUCUUUUAUUUGACUUUUGGUAACAUUAACUUACUAAACCUUCUCAUACAUAUUGGAAAUAUGACAAUAGUAGUUUCAAAGGAUUUAAAAUACUCCAUUGUGUACCUCUCUGCAUGCAAUGAAGAAAUAAUUGGUGAUCUAACUGAUUUUCCAAACAUUACUUAUGAAGAAUUUGAAAUAAAGUCAUAAGAACUUAAGGAACUACUGCUAGGUGGAGAGGUUAAGUUUUGCAUCCCAUUUUGGUCACAUCACUAUGUUGAACAAGAAAAGUGGAUCUCUGGAAGAACUGGCAGUCCCUGGUUAAUAAAGAUUUGACUGUGAAUCAUUA